GCUGCUGCCACAAAACGGCUGCGCAUGAAAGAUUAAACGAUGUUCAAAGGUUGUAACUCCAUUGUUUCAUCCAAACUUCUUUCAGGAACCCCCCGCCCCCGUCAUUCCCCCACCACUCAAUGGCCCGAUACAGGGCAAAGAAAACCCUGGCGUCAGCAUCUAAUCUUAUCGGUGUUUGUGAUGAUAAUCACUCUAUUCCCCAAUACAGUUCAAGUGCAUACUUCAUGCACAGCUAUAAAAACAGUGUGCACUGUCACUGACCCCUCACCUGAGACCUUUGAAACAGCAAGUAUUGCAGGCACAAGGACACAUUUACUUGGGACAGAAAUUGGUGGCUAUGUAGACACAACAAGGAGAGCAUCUGCUGCGCUUGUCGUUGCUAUCCAUUCCUGCUUCUAUUUGCACAGGGGGCGGCGGGGAGGGGAGUCCUGGAAGGGAAGACCUGCCGGCUGUUUCAUCCUGCUUCUCUGCAAGAAACCUAGGAACAGAGUGUAACAGCAGUAUCUCCGAAGGCGCGGUUUUUAGUUAAGAUAUUCUCCCUUCCAGGCAGAAAACAAAAAUCGGAGGAUCAGGAAUUCCUGAGCAUCGAGAACAAAGCAUGAAACUCACUGGCAUUUGUGCCUCUUUCUUCAUUCUUUUCUACAAUAUUGCUCAUCAGCAGACAGAAGCCCAAGAUUCUUGCUCCCGCCAAUGUGGGAAGAUGCUGGGCAACUGCUCUUGCCAGGUGACCUGCAAGUCCCUGGGGGAUUGCUGUCCUGAUUACAGGGAAUUUUGUCUGCAAAUCUCUCCAUACUCAGGGUCCUUGAUGGGAGGCAAAGACUUUGAGAUUUUGAAUGUUACUUUCAAUGCCUCCUCUGAUGUGAGAUGCAGGUUCAAGCAGGAGAUUCAGACCAGUGGCUAUGUUGCUCAGGAUGGUCAAGCCCACUGCAUCUCACCAUUGCUGUAUGAGACUGGCUUCAUUCCCUUUGAGGUUUCCAGAGACAGUGGCCUCACAUUUCCCUAUUCAGGAAACUGGUUAUCAGUACAUCACAGCAAGGUGUCAGCUGUGGAAACAUGCACACUUGUGAAUGCCACAAAAUGGCAGUACUAUGGCACACCGAACACAGGAGGGACCCUGACCGUCACCUGGAUGAACCAGACGCUACCAACCAGCCACGUCAAUAUAGAAGUCUGGGGGUACCAAGAAACAGGGCAGGCAUACUCAGAGACCUGGAUGGCUGAAUGGAAAUACCUUUACACUCUUGGAAGGGAAGAACCCAACAGCGGAACAUUUACUUUCACACCUGUACCUGCUCAAGCAGAUUACAGUAGCUGGGAAGUUGGGGCUUUGAGAAUCAGUCCCAGCAGGUAUUCUGACGGACAGAGCAACAUUCCUGCACUCUGGAGCUCAGAGCAUGCCCUGGCCUGGCACCUUGGAGAAGACUUCAGGAAGGAUGCAGCUGCCUGGGCGACAGACAAGUGUCUAAAGUGGGACCUGGGAGAGGAGAGACUCCCUAACUUCCUGAAGGAGGUAGCAGAUUGCCCCUGCACGCUGGCACAGGCAAGGGCCGACACUGGCAGGUUCCACACCGACUACGGGUGUGACAUUGAAAAGGGAAGCGAAUGCACUUACCAUCCUGGAGCUGUGCACUGUGUACGGGGAAUUCAGGCCAGCCCACAGUAUGCGUCUGGGCAGCAGUGCUGCUAUGACUCGACAGGUACCCAAAUCCUCACGGGGGACUCCACAGGGGGCAGCACACCUGAUCGAGGCCACGACUGGGGUUCUCCGCCUUUCAAAAGGCCUCCCAGGAUUCCCGGCUUUUCCCAUUGGCUUUACGACGUCAUCAGCUUCUAUUACUGCUGCCUGUGGUCUGGCAACUGCCACCUGUACAUGAAGCGCCGGCCCUCCAGCGACUGCAGGACUUACCGCCCCCCUCGAGCUGCAUCUGCCUUUGGGGACCCGCACUUCCUCACAUUCGAUGGGCUGAACUUCACAUUCAAGGGCCAUGGGGAAUACACACUGGUGGAGUCCAAUCUGACAUCUCUAAGAGUACAAGGGAGGACGCAGCCUACCAGACUUCCCAGCGGAAUGGCGGCACAGGUAACAGGCUUGUCUGCUGUGGCCAUGCAGGAGAGUAACUCUGAUGUGAUCGAGGUACGCUGCUCGGAGUACUCGACCCUGGAGGUGCUGCUGAACCAGGAGGUGCUCAACUUUUCUGAGCAAAGGUGGAUGGAUUUGAAAGGCCUCUUCCUCUAUUCUGCAGCGGGUCAGAACGUCACAGCGAUGUUCUCCUCAGGGGCUGGCGUGGAGGCGAGAGGCCGAGGAGGUUUCUUAAGCCUGACAGUCCUGCUGCCAGAAAAAUUCAUGAAUCAGACCCGGGGCCUCUUGGGGGUAAUGAACGACAAUCCAGGGGAUGAGUACACCUUCAGAAAUGGGACAACCAUGCCGCUUGAUGCCAGUCCACAGCAGCUGUUUGCAUUUGGAGCUGACUGGGCUGUUGGCAACGAAACUUCUCUCUUUACUUAUGACACGCAGUUCUUACUGAACACCUUCUACGGGCCAAAGCACAACUCUUCCUUCCUACCAGUGUUUGUUCCUCAUGAAGACCCCACCGACCCCCUGGUGCCACAGAUGACCACGCUUUGUGACUCAGACCCUUUCUGCAGGUUUGAUGUGUUGACAACCAGAAGCCUUGAGGUGGGAAACGCUACCAGAAUAUCCCAUCAGAAUCACAAAGCGUUGGUGGAGAGUCUGCAGCCAGUGGUCUCUUGCGGCUGGCUGGAUCACCCUACCAACGGGAGAAAGGAAGGGACAAACUACCUGAUGGGCUCAACUGUCCAGUUCAGCUGUGACCCAGGGUACAGCCUGGCUGGGUCAGAAGAAAGAACCUGCCAGUUGACGGGGGCCUGGUCAGGGAAAGCAGCCAGCUGUUUGCCAAGCACAGAUAACCACCAAGCAAUUCUCUUUGGCUCUAUAUUCGGAGUUCUAGGCUUUGUAAUCUUGGCAGUUCUAAUUUUCCUGUUGUACAGAAAAAGGAAGAGAGCGAACCUGAGCCCAAAUGACCCCGAAUCCGUCGCAGGAGAGAAAGAACUGAUGCCAGUCAGAGGGACGCAUUUGUGAGCAGAACAACGAGCAGCGCAGCC